GACUUUGGCUCGUCUUUUUUAUCUUUUUUGUCAUCUGUACGAUAAGUCUCACGAGAAAACGGAUACGGCCUUCAUUCAUUUGCUUUUUGAUUUGAUCUCUCAACGUCUUACCAUUCCCCAAGCUUAGAAGCUUCCCCGCAUUACGGACUUUGGACACAAUGCGUAUCACUGUCAGCGUUAUUCGCCCAGACCAGGCCGACUCCGACAUAAUCACCCUCGAAGUCGGCGGGGACAUGACGGUUGAGCUCCUGAAAACCAUCGUGGAAUGCGAAACCGCUGUUCCUCCCUCCGCACAACGAAUUGUCUACAAUAACCAACUGCUGGGAAAUGACUCGAGUACCCUCGAACAGGUCGGUAUCGGUGAAGGAGACAUGCUAGGAGUCCAUGUUACCUUGCGACCCCCUCAACCACCGCCGCGAAGUGUAGGCGGUCCCAGCGCGGCAGCACAGCAGAACCUUCAACGCAGACAAGCUAUGGGACCCGAUCCUGAAACAAUUAGAUUGCAUAUUCUUGGAGAUCCUAGGGUACAGGAUGCUGUCCGACGACAAAACCCAGAAUUGGCGGAUGCCGCCAGUGAUCCGCAUCGGUUCCGCGAUGUUCUCCUUCGACAACAGCAGCGUGAGGCCCAACAGGAGGCGGAGAAGGAGGCUCGCAUUGCUAUGUUAAACGCAGACCCCUUCAACCCAGAGAACCAAAGGGAGAUUGAGGAGGUCAUCCGUCAGAACGCUGUGACAGAGAACCUUCAUAAUGCCAUGGAACAUCACCCCGAAUGUAGGUCGAUAUCCGUUCCCUGGGCAUGGUAUAAUUUGCUAAGAACGGAUAAACAGCGUUUGGUCGUGUGACGAUGCUGUACAUACCUGUUGAAGUCAACGGUCAUAGACUCAACGCCUUUGUCGACUCUGGCGCUCAGGUCACAAUCAUGUCCCCCCAAUGUGCGACCGCAUGUAACAUCAUGAGGUUGGUGGACCAACGCUAUGGCGGUAUCGCGAAAGGUGUCGGAACGGCGACCAUCCUUGGUCGCGUACAUUCAGC